AUGCUGCAGCACGAAAAUGCAGAUCCAAGUGCGCCGCCUGAUCCUGACGAUACGACCGACUAUGGCUUGCAGCGGAUGCUUGAUUUGCCGACAGAGCUACGCUGUUACAUACUAGAGCUCCUCAUCAAGGACGAGCACUUCGAAGCCUACUACACACUUCUCGAGCAUCCGGAGAUGGGCGAUUUGGUCCGCUGCAACUUUGCUGCGCAGUUCAAAGCGAUCAAACAGCACCGCUACCUCGCCAGCCAGCUUCAGCAUAUCCUAACAACUACGGCCUUACUUUGGACGCAUACAAACCGCCCGCGCUCAAGCGAGCAGCUAGCUGAGUUCUUGAAUAGCAAUCUACAUGAUGAAAACCUGCGUAUAUCAGUGGAUAGCUCUGAUCAUGCUGUCGGCAUGCUCGCCGAGUACCAAGCACUCUUAAUCGACGCGGAUAUCCUUACAGAUCAGUUCGUUCACAUAGCACUAGGCAAUGCAGUAGCUCGGUGGGCCUCAUCCGAUCAGUCUCGCUAUGGUACCGAUACCCUGUCUGAUGUCGAGCAUCAUCGUGUACUUCGUGCAUUUUUCCGGUUGCAACUCUACGUUGUAAUCCGGAAACUCUAUGGAAAAGGGAAAGGCUUCAGACGGAAGAUCAGAAGCUUGUUCUCGAUGUGGACGACGUGGGAGUUUGACGAGGUGAGAAGCUUAGCCGAAUGGAUCAAAAUCGAACGUCCAUUCCUACCGCGAGAUUACGACGCCAGUAUCCGCAAGUUGUUUGCCUGUGUGGACAGACAUUUCUACAACGACAUGGUCCCGUAUGUCAAAAUCAAACCCGCUCCUUGUCGCGACCGGAACCGACGUUCUGCGUUCGCGAAAAAGUCGAAGACUUGGCUCGACACGCCUGCGACAACUCGUGAAGGUCGAGCUGAUGCCCGAAACAAGAACUGGAGACCGCUUGGUCACAGUUACGGAUGUUACGUCGGUUAUACACAACAGGUGUAUCGAGAGCAUUGUCUUGCUGAGGGUUUCCCAUUUUGGUGUCGAUAUACAAAGCCACAUGGUGGAUGGUGGCGUUUCCGCGAUGCCGAGCUGUUCCAGAAAUUCGGGCAGGCUGGGGUCUAUGACACGCCAACAGGGCCGUGGCGGUGA